AAUAUUUCGAGUAUAUUAUAAAUAUUUUCAAAAAUUAAAUUAAUUACGAGGUUUUUAUAACCUUGGUUAAAAAUAGAGAGUACACGGUAUUGGUGUUGGAACGAAAGAAAAAGUCAACGGUCGACCACCAAAAAAAAAAACAAGGCUCCCCUACUUCUUCGAUAUAGCUCAUUGCGACCAUCUCCACAUCACCUCUCUAACCACACAAACCACAAAGUCUAAACGAAAAAAAAACACACACACAUGAAUCUCUCCUUCCUCACCAUCACCAUUUUUCAAAGCUUUACGUAGAUAACAAGAUUCCAUGGAGAAGAACGACGACAAGGACCCUGAUCACAACGACAAAUCCAUUAUAGAAGAGAAAGCCGACGUCGUUUCAGAUGCUCAUCCCCCAGAUGAGUCUGAUGGUAACAGUAAAGAGAAUGUAGACGUUGGCAAUGCAGAGACAGAACACAAUCCAGAAGACAAUGUUGAGUCACAAGGAGAAGAGAUUCAACAAACCCUCGAGUCCUUGUCUGAAGAACUCGAUCAGCUUCUCUCGAGUCUCUCCCUUCACAAGGAGGAACACAAAGACGACAACACCGAGGAGAAAGAGAAAGGAGAUCAGGAAGAUGAUGAUUACUUUCAGAUCCCACAGUUUGUUGGCAAGUUCUUGGAUCUUCUCGAGGACAAACUCUCCAAAUACGACUCUGGAGAGCCAAAGACAGUAUGGUACCAAGAUCAAGAAGAAGUCUCUUCCCUUCUCGAAGCAGUGGACCGUGUCUCGAAUCUCAUGAGACUUCUGCUCAACACCAAAUCAUGUCUUGACCAUCACGAGCCCUUGAUCAACCACGCUGGAUCCAUCCAGCAGCGUGCAAUGGCCUUCUUGGAAGACGAGUUCCGCAUCCUUCUAGAAGAGUCUGUCAUCAAAGAGACCACGGACGACACCGGCAGCCAGAGGAAGAGCACGGAGGACGCGGUGGUCUCCCAAGAUAACGACCAGGUGACUGCUCCAGAACCUGGCGAUCAGGAGAUUGAAUACCCUGGCUACUCGGAGGACGUGGUUGCCUUGCUGAGGAAGAUAGCGGAGAAGAUGAAAGCGGGAGGGUACGGUUGGGAAUGCAGAGAGGUUUACUUGGUCGGGAGGAGGAACAUCUUGAUGCGGACGUUGAAACAAGACUGCGAGUUUGAGAAAGUGAGCAUCGACGAGGUGCAGAAGAUGAGCUGGGGCGAGCUGGAGAGAGAGAUCCCUAUCUGGACCAAGACUUUCAAGAACUGCUCUUCCCUCUUCUUCCCUGGGGAGGUCAAACUCGCGGAGAAGAUCUUCCCCGGGGACGAAGGGAGCUUGUUCUGCAUCGUGGCGCACGGUCUCACCAUCCAGUUCUUGGGGUUUGCGGAGGCCGUGGCCAUGACCAAGCGCUCCACUGAGAAACUCUUUAAGAUUCUUGAUAUUUAUGAGACUCUUAGGGACAGUUUCCCACCCAUGGAGGAGCUCUUCCCCGAAGAGCUCCGCAGCGAGCUGAGGAACGAGGUGACCAGCGUUCGCUCCCGCUUGGGAGAAAGCGCUAUCAACAUAUUCUCGGAUUUGGAAAACUCUAUCAAAUCGGAUUCUAGCAAGACUCCAGUGCCGGGAGGAGCCGUGCAUCCGUUAACGAGGUACACCAUGAACUACCUCAAGUACUCAUGCGAGUACAAAGACACGUUGGAGCAAGUAUUCAAGUCUCACUCGAAGAUGGAGCAAGAGGAAGAAGAGGUGCCUGCGAAUAACUCGGCCUGCUCGGCCUUUGCGAGUCAGCUGAUGAGGAUAAUGGACCUACUAGACGGGAACAUGGAGGCGAAGUCGAAGCUCUACAAGGACAUACCGCUGAGCUGUAUCUUCAUGAUGAACAACGGGAGAUACAUAGUGCAGAAGAUCAAAGGCUCGGCUGAGAUACACGAGGUGAUGGGAGACACGUGGUGCAGGAGGAGGUCGUCGGAGCUGAGGAACUAUCACAAAAGCUACCAGAGAGAGACGUGGGGGAAGCUGCUUGGGUUCUUAGGACACGAGGGGCUUAUGCACAACGGGAAGAUAGUGAAGCCUAAUCUCAAGGAGAGGUUCAAGAGCUUUAAUGCGACUUUUGAUGAGAUACAUAAGACGCAGACUACAUGGGUGAUCAAUGAUGAGCAGCUGCAGAGCGAGCUGAGGGUUUCUAUAACCGCGGUUAUGAUACCUGCUUACAGGGCUUUUAUGGCUAGGUUUGGACAGUACUUGGAUCCUGGUCGUCAGACUGAGAAGUAUGUUAAGUACCAGCCUGAGGAUAUAGAGGAUCUCAUUGACGAGCUCUUUGACGGCAACACUUCUUCCUCUUCAACUGCCACCGCCAAGCGAAGAACAUAGAUUCUUUCUUUCUUUCUUUUUGUUUUGGAGCAACACUUUUUCCUUUCAUGUCUUCUUAUACUGCUUUUGUCUGAAUGUUUCUACGAAUCCAAACAAACAUCAUGGCUCCGUGCCAUGUGUAAAUGUUAAUUAUAAUCAGUUCCAUCAUUCAUGAAUAAAAAUUGGAUUGGUCUUUACUGGUAGCAUAAUGGUGCCAAAUACGACCUCAACUCAAUUAUAAUUCGAAAAAACUACCCAAACUUCUUAAAACGUGCUUAAAUCUACAUUGAUUCUAACAAAAGUUAGUCAAUCGUUAACAAGAUAAAACGACGUCGUUUUGAUAUACGAGGAAAAGUACCAAUUUCGACCCCAACACUCUUAGUCGUGCCAAAUAGGACCCGAACAAAUGGGCAGUGCCAAAACCGGCCUCAACUUAAAUAUAAUUUAAGAAAAA